CAGAGCACAAGGGACUGCUGUCCGCUGUAGCUUACGUUAAAGACUCGUCGGUAGGUAGGGUGGUUAGUUCUGUUUUUAGCCUGAUUAUGAUGGAAUUUUAAAAUUAAAAGGUAUCAUAGUCUUUAGCAGGUUUAUGUUUAUGGAUAGACGAAAGACGAGGUAUCUUUGAACGGAUCUACAGGUAAACGCUGGAAAAAUGCCCCUGCAUGGUAAAAUAGUGGUUAUUAAGAGGAGUGGAGGAGACGGGACUGAGUUUCCUCUGACUGCAUCGUGUUUGUUUGGAAGGAAGGCCGAAUGCGACAUUCGCAUUCAGCUUCCUCAGGUUUCCAAGGAGCACUGCAGAAUUGACUUGAAUGAAAAUAAAGAGAUUAUUUUGACCAAUCUGAGCUCAGCCAAUCCGACCCGUGUCAAUGGCGAGGCUCUGAGUCAGUCUGAGCGCUUGAAGCACGGUGAUGUGAUAACUAUUGUCGAUCGUUCUUUCAGGUUUGAGUAUGCGCCUACACAAACACCGAAGAAGAGGACUUCUUCUGGGGCCAAGUCUGAAAGUCUUAAGGUUCUUCGAGAUCAGCAAGUGGCUCACAGUGUUACCGCUGACGCAGGAGAAAAGAGAAUCUCUGAAGUCUCUACAGACCCUCAUCUCAAAGAUGGCGCUAACUAUAACAACAUCCAGCGAUCCUUGGAGAAAACCUUGGAAUUGGAGUCCCAGGAAGAUAAGAACUCGCCAUUCAGUGAUCUGUAUCAAAUGAUCAAAAAGUCGUUGGAUGUCAAGACGCCUCGCAAGUCUUCUGCAAGUGUGGUUCAGACACCGUCCUCAAAGUUUUGCACUCCGAGACUGGGUUCGGUUGUCAAGAAGAGUGAAAAAGGGGUCGUUCUCACACUCAAGAAGGAAGAAGAUCCCAAAGGCAAAACCCCAGAGUCUGUUAAGAAACGGGGGAAGACCUUCCAGGUUCCUUCUGCUGAAGGCCCUGGACCCAGAGUGGAAGAAGCUGGAAAGUCUGAAGGUCCUUCACAGCGGAGAAGAAUCUCAACUCCUCAGAAAUUCACCGCGUCAGAGGUUAUUGAGCAAAUAACAGCUUCAUCAUCUAAGUCACCGGUCAGAAGGAGAAGCAAGGAAUGCACACCGGCUAAAUCUGGUGUAUCCAUGGAGCAAGAAGGACAAGCUGGAAAAUCUCCAAAACUGAAAAAUCCACCAAAGAGAUCUCCUAAAAACUCAGGAUCUGCUGAAAAAGCAAAAAUGUCCAAAAAACGCAAGAGCGAGGAACUUGGGAAAAACCUGCCAAUACCAAACCUGAAAAGGAAGCGAGUUUCCUUCGGAGGCCACCUCAGCCCAGAGUUAUUUGACAAACGCCUGCCGCCUGACUCUCCACUGCGUAAAGGGGCCAGUCCAAGGAGGAGCCUAUCUCUCUAUAAACCCAAACUGUCUCUUCUUAGGAGAGCUUCUGUCAUUGGGUUGCUAAAAGAGCAGAGGACCCCAUCACCUAAGUUCAAAAAGAGUGCUUCCCCCAAGACUCCAACAGGGAAGGCAUCACCAAAAUCAAAGUCCACUUCCCCUGCUAAGAAGUCUCCCAAGGCUGUAAGUCCAGCUCAGAAGUCUCCUAAAUCCAGGUCCGCUUCUCCCAAGGCGACAAGUCCAGCUCAGAAGUCUCCUAAGUCCAGGUCCGCUUCUCCCAAGGCCUUGUCCAGCACACCACCAGUGAAAACACCCUUGAAUUCAGGCAUCCAAACUCCGUCCGUCCAAGGUCGCUUCUCUGUGUCACGUAUCAGGACCCCUUCUCCAGCAACAGCAGUUGUUCAACAGAUGCCUUUGCUUGCUGGUACCCCAAAAAUCCCUCUCAGGAGGAAGAGCAUGAAGAGUGCAUCACGGAGGACUUCAGGUGUUGCCAGGAGUGCAGUAAAAGUCUUUCAGAAACGAAGUGGCAUUUCACGGGCAUCAAUGAAAGCUCAAAGUUCCUGGGCAAAUAUUGUAAAAUUUGGACAAACUAAGGCUUCAGUUGUUGCUCCACCUGAAAAGAAGAUCAUACAGAAACCCUUGAAGAAGGUUGUGUCCAAACCACAGACCCCCGCCUGGAAACUAAAAGGCCAUACGAGCACUGGACAUGCAGAUUCCCCUGCCACCAUCCUUGUUGGGAGAGCUCACAAAAGAACAAUUGUACAUCCAACUGGAGCUGCACCAAAAGUGGUCAUGAAUCUUGCACUGUUCAAAAAGGACAUGAAAAUGGAUGAAGAUUUAACAGGACUCUCUGAGAUGUUCAAAACUCCAGUAAAUGAGAAGAAAAGAAGGUCUUUGGUCAGUGAGAGCAGUGCCAAGAAGACGCCAGUAGCGACUUCUUCUAUGGUGGAACCAUCAGUGCUGAACACCCCGGAGGAGCCAGAUGAAAUGAUGGUGUCUCCGCUGAGCAUAGCGUCUACAGUAAAGAGUCAAAGGUACAACAGCGAGGCAGUCCAGCGCCUUCUCAGUGGAGAUGAAGAAGCAAGUUUUGUCAGUGAUGCUCCUGCCUCGGAAGUUUGUUCAGAGUCUAAACACUCAGAUCCAAAGGCGGGUUCUGUUAAAACUCCCAAACAGAAGCCAGAAUUACCUGUCUGCCUCACUGGAGUCAAGAGGAUCAUGAAAACACCAAGACAGAAGGCUGAGCCCAUUGAGGAUUUGAGAGGAAAACUCUUGAAAACUCCAAAACAGAAACCUGUGCAACAGGACUGUCUCACUGGAAUCAAGAGGAUCAUGAAGACGCCAAGACAGAAAGCUGAACCUUUAGAGGACAUCCGAGGAAAUCUUUUGGUAACUCCUAAAAAGAAAACCGAACAACCAGAGUGUCUCACUGGGGUCAAAAGCAUCUUUGCAACACCGAAGCAGAAGGUGGAACCUCUUGAAGACCUUCAGGGAAAACUCUUGAAGACUCCAAAAACCAGACAGAGCUCUGAUGUCAGCUUGGAUGGUGUUGCAGAGCUUUUCCAGACACCAAUCCACCAGUCCCAGAUGCUGGGUCUUACUGCUGUUGAGAGAAUGAUGAAGACGCCCAAAGAGAAGACUGCUCCAGUUGUGGAUGUGGUUGGUAUGAAGAGACUACCGAGAACUCCCAAACAGAGAGGUGAACCCGUAGAAAACAACUUUGGCAUCAAAAGGCUGAUGAAAUCCCCAAGACUGAGAGGAAAUCCUCCAGUGGAAGACUUUGAGGGACUUCAGGAGCUCCUGGAGGAGCCAGUGACCUACCUGACAGAGCAGCGGCCAGAUGAGCCGUCAGAUGCCAUGGAAACCCAACCUCAAAGUGUCAUAGAGAGCAAUACAACUUCUACCCCUGCUUUUCUUGAAAGAAAAUCUGUUCGUGGUAGGAGGGCAAAAGCUGUGGAACCCAAACAAGAGGAAACAAAAGACAUGGUGUCUGCACCAGCUAGAGGAAGGAGAGGAAAGAAACCUGAGACCAAAGCACCACCUGCUGUUAGACACACCACAAGAGGCAGAAAUGCAGAAGUCCCUGAAAGCAGAGAUGUUGAAGAAAGUCUCCCAGAGUCUCCAAAAGUUGCUAUGAAAAGACAAAGACCUAUCAAAAGAGCCCAAGAUGAGGCAACAGAGCUAGAGCAGAAUCCUGCUGCUGAAGAGGUAGCGACCCCAGAACCUGAGAUUGACUCAGUGCCAACCAUUGAUGUGCAUGGAGGUCCAGCACUUGAAGAGAAAGCAGUGCUGAAGCCCAAACGAGGAAGAAAACCCAAACAACCUGAAGAACUGGCACAGCAGGAGCAGAAACGUCCUAAGAAUGCAGAUAAAGACAAGAGUGUUAACUCAUCGGAUGCUGAGCAUGUGAAGCUACCUGAAGAGGAGAACGCAGAUACAGAAGUUCCAGAAACUAGCUUGAGUCAGAAGAAAUCUGAGAGAGGCAAAAGAGCUAAACCCGUGGAGGCUAAUGAAGCUGAGAAAACACAGGAAGCCGAGGAGACCUCCAAUAAGCCUGUUCUUCCUCCAGUCAGAGGAAGGAGAGGAAAAAAGAUGGAAGCAACAGCAUCUCCUGCUGUUAAACAGAACACAAGAACCAGAAAUGUAAAGUCUCAAAACACUGUUGAUCAUCCAGCAGUUGAAGCACAAGCAAUAACUGAGAUUUCCAAUGAAGCCAUGACCCCUCAAGUAUCGGAGAAGUCCAAUGAAAAGACGAUGGACCCUGUAAGUUCAGUACAAGUGACGACCAAGCCACUCAGAGGGAGAAAAGCUAAAAUAGCAUCCACUGAACCCAAGAAAGAUGAAUGUCCUGUUGCAGAUGCUGAAACUUCUCAACCCAUUCCUUCUGUUGGUAAACCCAGGAGAGGAAGAAAAGCCAAACCUGAUGUUGAGGAACCAACUGAGGUGGCAGAAGAUACAUGUCUCCCUGUGGAGACCAAGCCUCCAAUAAGGGCUAAAAGAGGAAGAAGUGUUCUACAGAAAGAGGACAAACAGAUUGAGAAUGACAAGAUGACUUCACAGGAGACCUCUGAACAUCAGGAGCCACCUAAGAAAUCACGGAGAACAAGAAAACCCGAGCCAGAGCCUCUAAAAACAAAGGAAGACAUCAUAGUCCCAGAAAAGGAACCUAGUGUUGAACAAAGUUCAGUUGCUGCAAAGCCCAAGAAAGGAGGACGGAAAGCUAAUGCAGAUGCUGUCAUAGAAACCCCUGUGAAGUCAGUACUCCUAGUUGACGCUACAGAGAAACCAAAACGAGGCAGAAAAGGAAAACAAGUCCCUCAGGAGACCAUCCCUGCUGAGAAUCCUGAACAUGAAGAGAUCUCUGUGCCAUCUCCUCAGGUCCAUAAACCUAGUCGGGCAACACCGGUGAAACGUGAUGUUUCAGAAACCACUCCAGCUAAGAGAGGCCGCCGGGGUACAGCUCUUCCUCUGGGGGAACCCAAACAAGAACCUGCUCCAGAACCAGCCGUGCCAGCAAAAAGAGGAAGACGGGCUGCAGCAAAGCCCAAACUAGAUGAUGAGACAAAUCCCUCCGAAAGCUCGAAGGCUGACGUCCAAGACGCAAAGAUGACCAAGAAGGCGGUCAAGUUCAAAACAGACCUGGAAAUCCAUGAAAUUCCAAAAGUUACGCCGGUGAAGGCCGUUCGAGGCAGGAAGACAAAAGUUCCAGACCAGGCUGACGCUAGCAGCAAAGAGGGAACAAAGGAGGCCAGCAGCACUGAAGAGAAGAGACUCUCGGAUGACGUCGUUGAGCCCGCCAAGAGAGGAAGGCGAGGAGCGAAGGUUGCAGAGGUGGUGGUGGUGGAAGAUAUUGGAGCACAGCAAAAAAAUCGGCGGGGGAGAUCAGCAAAGAAAUGACUGUUUUGUAAAUACUUCUCAUCUUAAUUACGGUUUCCCCAAAUGUUUUUGUAAUUCCAAAUUUUAGGUAUGAGGGCAUUGUAGAAGGUAGUUUUAUCAACUGAAAAUUAAGCACUGCCAAUACUUCAGUAAUCCAUGUUUUUAACCCUUUCAUAUUUUGUUUUAUGGUUCUACAAAUAUAUUGUCGCUGUGGAAAAAGAUGUAUUAAAUUUUUUUUUACUACAGUA